AUGUACACGGCAAGCAGUAACUCCAGUGGUAGUAGACGAGAAGGUGCAGUAGAUAAUCUCAUUGGUGAUCAUCUAAUAGAAGUUCCUCAACAGCCCGACCUUUCUCCAGAGAUUUGCAUCAAAGAUUCAAAGAGUUUACAGGCAUUUCUGAGGCUUUCUAGGUAUGCGGUCGAUGACAACAUGACGACAAUUUUGAAUAGCGUUUUGAACCAUAGAGAGAUGAACAAAAACUCAGUAUUCAAAUUUGGAAGUGGCUCCUCUGAUGGGUCGCCGUGCGAUGAGUUUCUCAAAACUCUCGUAUAUCCAGAAUGGAAAAAACGUUCACAAGUCAUACAGUAUUGUAGAGACGUUGUUGCAAAUGUUAAUGCUAAAGAUUCAAUCGAAAACAGCCAAUUUGCAAAGUUAUCACAGGAGGAAAAAAACGAAAUGAUGCGCAUUGAUCCAUAUACGUACAAGAAUCUUGAAAGAGAAUACAUGAAUAAGCACAGAAAGAUUCUAGAACUGCAGCAUUACUACAGAAAUGAAGAAGAGGUUGAAAAGAUCGUUACCGAUAAAUCAGCCAAUAUAAUUACCCAAUUGUGCAAGUUCAAAGAUGGAGAAGUCAAGACCUUUUUCUCAGACUUCAAAUCGAAGAACAAGUAA